ACAUUUGUUAAAAAUCCAUAGAUACAAACGGAUUUGAUUUGAGUUGAACGCAGUGUGAAUGGAGAAACCGCAUAACUUUAGCCGUUCAACUAAUGAAAAAAAUAAAACCGUUUCCAAGUAGUAUUUUAUAAAUUUUAGACAUUUUUGUUAGAUAAAAUAAAUAAUAGUAAAAAUAUUUCGGUUUGUUUUAUUAAUUUAAUAUGUAAUUUCUUGUGAUAAAACCUUGUAUUUCCAUAAAAAGUGAUAUUAUUUCUUCCUAUAAAUUAUAUACCUUUAUAAUAUUCCAAUGCAAAGUACAACAUAAAUUCGUAUAGUACAGGCCAUGGUCAUGGCGACACAGUUUUUUUUUUAUUUUUAUAAAAAGUAAAUAAAAAUUUAUAUCAUGGAGAGUGGUGUGAAAGUGCCAAAAAUUUUAUAAAAUUAAAAUAUGAGAGAUUUUCAAUUGAAUUCUUUAAAUCAAAAGAAUGAUUGGUUCCUAUUGUGGCUUUGUUUAUAUCAAGCCAAAAUUUGCAAUAAAAAGGCUCUUGUGUGAAUAUUUAUCUGAGAGUUUAUCGUCAAUUACCAAAAGCAAUAGUUUACAUUUUUGUAUCACGGUUAAAUAUUAAAAAAAAAAAGUAUAUAAUAAUAACAGACCUCGAUAACUUUAAAACUCAAUUUACAAAAUACUGCAUUUAAAUAAUUUAAAAAAAAAAAUUUUAAUCAUAUGAAUGUCUUGAAAUCAUUAAAUAUAAAAGAGUGAUUGUGAAUAAAAAUGAUGUUAAGAAGUUGUGUAUGCUUUCGUCGUGAUAAACGUCGAAGUUCAAGUUUUGAAGAUUCAUCUUCAUGUCGAUCUUCGGAAAUUGAAAGAGGAGGAGGAGAAGAUGGUGGAGGUCAACAUACGAGUUCCAGUUUACUUAAACUACUAAAUUCAAAGGGAUGGUAUCGAAAGUGGCGUAAGCCUGGAAGGGGUAUGAGCAUGACGAAGCUGGAACGAACAAUGAAAGCGGCAUUACUGAUUCAACGAUGGUAUCGCCGAUAUUUAGCUCGCAUGGAGGUACGUCGCCGUUAUACUUGGACUAUUUUCCAAAGCAUUGAAUAUGCUGGUGAACAGGAUCAAGUAAAGCUUUACAACUUCUUCAAUGCACUUCUAACUCAUAUCCCGGAUGCAUCUGGAAGAUCCUCUGAUUCCCAACCAACUUCAAGAGCUUCGUCAACUGACAACCUUGACGCUAAAUAUUCGGAUGAAUCUGAUGAUCAUGGAGAUCAACAUGAUGGAAAUUCGUCUGAAAAGACUUACCGUGGUCCUCACUUAAAAUUUCCUCUAGAGAAAAAGGAUGUUCAUACUUUGAUUGACCUAUUCCGCAAGAAAAAAUAUAACCGUUUACAUGCUAAAUAUGUAGCUGGAAUUCUGAGAGAGGCAUCGAAUAAGCUCAAGCGUCUUCCAAAUCUCAAUCCUGCAUCGACAGCUAUUUCUAAGCAAGUAACAAUAUGUGGUGAUUUACAUGGAAAAUUAGAUGAUCUUUUGGUGGUUUUUCAUAAGAAUGGUCUUCCUUCAACCGAAAAUCCGUACGUUUUCAAUGGAGAUUUUGUCGAUCGUGGCAAAAAAGGACUUGAGGUAUUUCUUUUGUUACUUUCUUGUUUCCUUGUCUUCCCAGGAGGAGUUUUUCUAAAUCGAGGUAACCACGAGGAUACAGUUAUGAACGCUAGAUAUGGUUUCAUCAAGGAAGUCCAACAAAAGUACAAGCAUAAUUCUGAAAAGCUUUUGAAAUUAAUUGAAGAAGUUUAUCGAUGGCUACCAUUGGGAACGAUUGUUAAUAAUAGAGUAUUGAUAGUACACGGCGGAAUAUCAGAUACCACUAAUCUGGACCUCAUCAAAAGCUUAGAUAGAGGAAAGUAUGUUUCCAUACUUCGACCGCCUAUUGCUGAAGGUGGUUCUGCUCCAGGAGAGGGGAUUGACAAAGUUGAAUGGAAGCAGGUAUUUGAUAUUAUGUGGAGUGACCCACAGCAUUUGGAUGGUUGUGAACCCAACAGUCUUCGAGGUGCCGGCACAUAUUUUGGCCCUGAUGUUACACAAACAUUUUUGCAAAAAUAUAAACUUUCUUUUUUGGUCCGCUCACACGAAUGCAAACCUGAUGGACAUGAACUUACCCAUUCGGGCAAGGUCAUAACUAUUUUCUCGGCUUCAAACUAUUAUGCCAUUGGGUCUAAUAAAGGUGCUUACCUAAAGCUUAAUCCACAAUUGGACACCCAUUUUGUUCAAUAUACAGCAGCAGCAUCGAAAACCAGAAAACUAACCUUUCGUCAAAGAGUUGGGCUCAUUGAAAGCUCGGCCUUGCAGGAGCUAGGAGCUAAAUUGCUUGACAAGCGCGAAGAACUGGAAAGAGAAUUUAAAAAAAGAGAUCCUAAGGGAACAGGUAAGCUAAGCCUGUCAAAAUGGUGUGAGGCUAUGGAAGAAGCUACUCAUUUGGGUUUACCAUGGAGAUUGUUACGUGAAAAACUUGCACCUUCGUCAGUUGAUGUGAAUUCUUCAGCGUACGUUUCAGGGCAAACGACCAACGUUACUGAAGUUUACUAUAGAAAUACUCUUGAACUUCUGGACACCGAUAUUAUAAAAACUGCUCAGGCUGGAAGUACGUCAGUGGCUGAUUCUCUUUAUAAGAACAAAAGUAGCCUCGAAGCUAUUUUUAGAAUUUUAGAUAAAGAUAACUCUGGUUAUAUCUCGUUGGAAGAAUUUGGCGAAGCAUGUGACUUGCUUGAACACCAUUUACCAGGUACUGAUACACGAGAACAACUAUUGGAAAUGUGCAAAAUGAUGGAUAUUAAUAAAGAUGGAUCAGUCGAUUUAAAUGAAUUCCUAGAAGCAUUUAGAUUGUGUGAACAAGUGCGGAAAGGUGAGGUACCGAGCUCAGUAAACUCUCCAUGUGAAGCGAAAACGAUAUCCAUUGCAGAUAAAAAUGGUCGAACAGCUAAAGGUGCUCGCAUAGCUUCAGAAGAUGAUGAUGGUGAUAUUGAUCCAUCUGACCACGACUCAAAGAUGCUUGUACCAAAAACCAAGCAAAAAGAUGCACUGCCUAAGAAUAAAACUCGUGCAGACUAAAAAAAAUGCUAAAUUAUCAAAAAUAUUAUAUAAUCUAUUUUACUAAUACAUACAUAUAUAUUAAAAAAAAAAAAAAGAAACUCUCAUUAUACUUAAAAAAAAA